CUCCUCCGCAGGGUGUCGUCGUCGUCCCCUUCAAAAACACAAACGAACGCAUUCCCCAGACCCGAAUAAUCAUCCAGCUUUCGUGCUCCUCCACCACCACGACCACCACCACCGCCAGAGGCAGCGAAGACUGAGCCGGAGGACCCGAACCCGAUAACCCGAAUCCGACAUGGGCAAGGAUCUGAGCGAUGACCAAAUCUCCUCCAUGAAGGAGGCCUUCACCCUCUUCGACACCGACGGCGACGGCCGGAUCGCCCCCUCCGAGCUCGGCAUCCUCAUGCGCUCCCUCGGUGGCAACCCCACCCAGGCCCAGCUCAAGUCCAUCGUCUCCCAGGAGAACCUCACCUCCCCCUUCGACUUCCCCCGCUUCCUCGACCUCAUGUCCAAGCACCUCAAGGCGGAGCCCUUCGACCGCCAGCUCCGCGACGCCUUCAAGGUCCUCGACAAGGACUCCACCGGCUUCGUCUCCGUCGCCGAUCUCCGCCACAUCCUCACCUCCAUCGGCGAGAAGCUUGAGCCCGCUGAGUUCGACGAGUGGAUCCGCGAGGUCGACGUCGGCUCCGACGGCAGGAUCCGCUACGAGGACUUCAUCGCCAGAAUGGUCGCCAAGUGAAAUUGAACCCGCCCUCAUUCCUGAUUCCUCGCGGUAGCUCCAUUCCUUCUUAGAAAUCAUCAUUUUCCUGCUUUUUUUUUUUUUGGUUGGGACUUCGGUCGGGGUGUGAUUCGAAGUUAAAUCUGAUGUUGGAUGUGCUUAAUUUUAUUUUCUUGUUGUUGAAUCCUUCAAUUGAUGCUACUGGAUUAACCCUCCUCCUGUGAAUUUGAUCUGGUUCCUGCUAAAUUGCUAAUGAGAUGUGAUCAAUGGUUCUUUCUGCGCUGA